CGACGCUCCCCCGGCUCCCCGACGACGCCGAGGUCCCGCAGUGCGCCCGGACCCAGCCGAGUCAGCUGCAGGCCUGCCCCGCCGGGCGGCGGUCAACCUGAGCGCCCUGGCGCGGGGCCCGGCAAUGCGGGGCCCUGCGGUGCGCGCGUUGCUGUUGCUCCUGCUGCUCCUGUCGCCCCCCGCUGGCGCCUGGUACAAGCACGUGGCGAGUCCCCGCUACCACACAGUGGGCCGUGCCGCGGGCUUGCUCAUGGGGCUGCGCCCGCCCUACGUGUGGCGCCGAGCGCUGCUCCCUGCGGCCGGAUCCCUUGCCUGGGACACCCAAGGCCUGGGCGCGUCCCCCCAAAGGCUCUUUGCCAAAGACACCCUCUCCCCGGAGCCCAUCCCCCGCGGUGCUCGUCUGCUCUCCUCGGGGGUUCGGGAACUGUUGGAGACGGGAAGCGGGAACCCCAGCGCAGGUCUCGGGGUCAGUGCGCCUUGGAGCCAGCGCGCCACUGAGCCCCAGCCGGAACUGGAGCCCCGGCUGGGGGCCCCUUCCUGGACCCGGGUGAAGCAGGCCAGAGCCUUUGGCGUGUCUCCUGUUCAGCCAUGGUCUGCACAGUGAACCACCUUUGCCGGUUCCCACUUCUCCCCAGGGCCAUCCUGAGUGCACCCCUUGCUGGUGAUGCCCCUUGUCUGACCCAGAGGGAGUCUACUUCUCUGCCUGGGCGCACAGCUCAGGCCAGGCCAGACGGUCUGGCCAAUAAAAGCUGCCUGGUUCAUGCGUUCCCGCGUGUGAUGCCUUUCUUCUGUGAUGUGUUCUUGGCAUCUCGCUUCAGGGUGCAAAUAGCUUCGUUCACGCCCUGGCAAAUAUCAGGAGCCCUGUCCCUGGCCCGG